UUAGUUAUGAAGGUUCAGUUUCUUCAAUAAGUGUCCAUAUAGUAUGGUCGCAAUGUAAGGGUAGCAGGAUCUUUUGGGGCAUUGUUGGAGACAAGAUGAAGUGAUAGUCUUAGCUCUAAGGAGCUAUGCAAACACAUAGCCAUUUACCAGCCAGCCGGCCAGCCAGAAUAAGAGCUUGCGCAUUUUUAUACAAUGUUUCAAUAGAUUGCACUCAAAGUGGCUGCGAAGGCUCACCAUUUCGUGCUCUCAGAAUUAUCAGAACAAGCUUCGCGUAAAUAUCCAAACAGUAGCUGGUGAUGCAAAGCCACAGUCUUACUUCAUAAGCCGAAUCAUCUUUGCGUAGCAAAUUCGCAGUGGCAGUAAUAAGCAUCACUAAACAGGUAAUUUUUGGACCAUGGUUAUUCGUCCGCGGUUUUCUGCCUGUUUUUCCAUCAAAAAGGGGGGAAAAAGCUCUCGUAGACUGCUAGGCCAGAUAGCAGAUACUCCCGCGACUAGGGCACUCGAGAUGGCGUGAGGUGGUCGUUGCUGUCAAUCGUCCGUUUUAGCGGUGCUCCAUAUCUGGGGAUAUUUCUCCAAGAACGCGUAUCAAUUCAUCCAGUCAGACGGGUGCAGUCUUGCCCCACACACGGAGUAACUUGCUGGAUCCCCAUCAAUCGAACAACGCCAAUUUUCCAAGGACAUAACGUGCACUCGAAUGUCAAGUCGUCGUCCACCGGGUGUCAAAGCUGAGGAGACCUUGCUGAGUCAGAUUUGCAUGGCGCAAUUGACGUCACGGUCAUUCUGCAUCCUGAAUUUUAUCUCCCAUGCCGGGCCAUCCAUGCGAGGCAUCAAGCAGAGCAACGCGAUAUGUCCUGUGCCUGACCAUUGUGUGGAACAGAGUUUAUGAAUUUACUCGGAACAUAUAGAGUAUAGCCCAUAGUUAUCCUUAAUCAGCCAUUUCAUUGUCUCUCGUGUGCUGUUUUAGGCUUCGCACCGUCGAAAAGCUUCUACCGAGUGAUCUCC